AUGCCGUCCCGCAUUACCAUGGAACGGGUAGGCGACGAGACCCUGUUGCCAUGGGACCCACGGAGAUCACGACCCUGGAUAGAAGACUGGUGUCGAGUCGUCGAGACCUACUCGGGCCGAGAUCUCACAUUUCCCCAGGACCGUCUCCUCGCGCUCGCCGGCUUAGCGGCCUUCUUCGAAUGGAAACUCCGCAAUCCUCGAGACCCGGACGCAACCUUCUAUGCCGCAGGGAUGUGGAAGCAAGACCUGGCCAGGCAGUUGGCCUGGUUUCCGGACUUCGCCUCUCGUACCCGAGUGCAAGAAGGGGGCGAGUGGCCGUUGCCCCCCAGAAAGGCGUCCAACUUUCAAAAUAUUGAGAAAUUUGACUUCUUGUCUGAUUGGUUGCCAUCCUGGUCCUGGAUCUCCCACUCAGGUCCCGUGCACUAUGCCUACUUGUCAGCAACGACGGACGCCCCGCCGCUCACUCCCAACGUGAUCUACCCAGAGGGUUUCGCCUUACCACUGGCCUAUCACCCCAUGGAAGUCACGGGGUUGAAAGUAAUGCGACUUAGGCACCAUGCCUAUCAGCAAUUUGGCUCCGUUACUGGAGGGUACAUGGGUCUGACGGGCAACGUUGCUGUGGUCACCAUUUCGGAGGACAAUCUGAUUAAGAACGAGGACGACCUGCUGCUACUCCCCUCGCUCGGCGAACAGAGGCCAAAAUUAUACACCAUGUUCCGCCGUCCGCAAACCGCCGGACUUUUCAAACGACUGAUGCCGGCCCAUGUACGCCGUCGUCCCGCCUCCGCUGACGGGAUCAUCUUCUUCGACGCGGACCCACAUGAACUUCCCGCCAACACGUGCAUCUACUGUCUUCGAUUAGGGACCGGGCCCAGUGCGUUUUCCAGCACGAAUGGCGCUGUGGACUUUGGCCUGGCCCUCAUGCAGGUGUAUUAUUCCUUUGAACUGGACGUAACCGGGGGUGUGAGGCGGUUGGGUGGUCAGAACCCACGGGAGCCGUUUCCACGGAUGUGGCGGGUAGGCUUGUUCGAGGUUGAUGUCUGGAAUAAGCAGUGGCUUGAGCAAGCAGUCAGGAUGUCCGUGGUGGUUGUCUAA